GUUCCGGAUUGGCUGGUCGCUUGCGGCCAGUGAGGAGCCGGGAUGCUGGCAGGUUCCUGGAUAGACAGCGGCUGAGGAGGCCGCCAACCGGAGCGAGCGAGCGAGAGAGUGAGUGCCGGGCAGGGAGCCGGGGGACCGGGAGCUGUCACACAGGGCGGGGGCCGGGUACUGACUGGGCCGCUCUGUACCGGGGGGAGCGCGGACUGACCGGGCAGCAAGGGGCCCCCCAUGGUAUCCGCUCUGUCAUUAUUAUUUAUAUAGCGCCAGCAACUUCCGUAGCGCUGUACAAUGGAACCAGCUGGCCGGGGGCGGCAGAAUGUGUAGCUGGCCGGGGGCAGAAUGUGGGGGAGAAUGUGUAGCUGGCUGGGGGCGGGGCACAAUGUGUAGCUACAAUGUGGCUGGCGGGGAAAUGUAGGGGGGCGGGAAUGUGUAUUGGACCGGGGGCAGGAGAAUAUUGUGUGGGGGCAGCAGAUGUGUUGGACCCGGGGGGCAGAAUGUGUAUUGGAGGGGGGGCAAGUGUGUAUUGGACGGGGGGCAGAAUGUGUACUGGACCGGGGGCAGAAUGUGUGUUGGACGGGGGCAGAGUGUGUGGACCAGGUUGGGGGGUCCACAGAAGCUGUAGCUGAAUGUGUAGUCUACUGGGGGUUUGGGUUGCAGAAGCUGCAGGUGUCUUGGGUGGGGGAGGAGAGUGUGCAGAAUGUGUAUUGGACCAGGUGGGGGGGUCAGAAUGUGGGGAGGGGCAGCAUGUGUAGACGGGGAAUGUGUAGUCUACCGAGGGGGUUUGGGUUGCAGAAGCUGCAGGUGUCUUGGGUGGGGGCGAGUGUGCAGAAUGUGUAUUGGACCAGGUGACGUGUUUUUUUGUUUAUUUUAUAUAUGUUUAUAAUUAAUUUGCUUUACAUUCAACCUGUUUUAGUUCUCUUUAAUUUUGCUUGUUUCAUUAAUGUCUGUCCAUUUCUCUUGCAGAGCAGAGUCAUUGGUGUUGUCAGACAUGGCCGAGGAUAUUCAGUCCCCAGUAGUAUUCCAGCAUCAGUACAUGUGUUCAGAAUGUGGCCUCUUAUACAACACUUUGGAGGAUGUCUUGCUCCAUCAACAGAACCACCUCGGUGGGGGGAUGCAAGCAGCAGUGUCCCAGGAUGUUUCUGUGGAGUUAGGAGAGUUGCAGAGCUUUGUACAAGACAGCCAGUACCAGUGUCUGGAGUGUGGGCAAGUCCUUGUAUCACCAGAUGAAUUGCUACAUCAUCAGGAGAUGCACAUGAGAGAGCUGCCUCAGACUCCUGCCUCCCCAUCCACCAUAGCAAGCAGCCAAAUACACUAUCAAUGCAGUGAAUGCAAGGAGCUGUUUGUCUCUCCUGAACUGUGGCUUUCUCAUCGGCAAAAGCAUGAAAUUCAGGAAGAACCACCUCAACAAAGUGUGGUUCUGCAGACUGGCUCCGGCAUUCAAGCCUUACUCAAUCUUCAGAAUGUUCUUUUGGAUGAGAGAACUUUAAAUGGUUGGGGGGUAGAAAUGUCAGCUGUAGUAGGGAGCACAGAGACUGCACCAGUGUCUAUAGCUAGCACACAUCCCCCAACCGCAUCUGAAAUUCAGGACCAGCUUGUACAGUUUACUGAGAUGCACCCAUAUGAGUGCUCGGAGUGCAAUCAGGUGUUUCACACGCCUGAGGAAUUUCUUGACCACCAAGGCCGGCAUUUUAUGGAGUCUGAAAAGGAAAGUGGAGCGUCCCCUACACAUGGAAAUAUUGAAAACUUGCCCCCAUCACCUGCUGUUUUGGAGAGAUUGCGCAAAGACUGGAUGCAAGAUGAGCGUGAAGAAGGUUUGAAGGAUGUGUUGGAAACUGUGCAUCAGCGUUCUCGUUUCCGGUGCCACGAGUGUAAGAAAUAUUGUGACAAUGCUGAUGAUUUGUGGAAACACCGUAAGGAGCAUCAGACCAAAGAUUUUCCAUGUCCAGAUUGUGAUCGUCUCUUCACCACCGCAAACCGUCUUCAGUCCCACAGACGUGUUCAUGUAGAAGGCACCUUGCAAUGUCCCAACUGUUACAAAAUGUUUAAAAAACAGGCUUCUCUGGAGCAGCACAUGAGAGUGCAUCGUGGUGAGACUCUGUUCUUGUGUGUGGACUGUGGUCUUGGAUUUGGCACAGAGAUUACUCUUGUUCUACAUAGAAAAAAUCACAUUGCAGAUCCAUUGCAUCACUGCCACUGUGGCAAAAGCUUCAGCAAUAUGACCAAAUUUUUAUAUCACCGCAGGACGCAUGCUGGUAAGAGUGGAGUCCCUGCUUCUAAAUCUGAGAAACAAACUGACACUGGCAAAGACAAGCCUGCUACGGUUCUGAAUUCGGCAGCCCCUGGACCACCACCACCUGCUAUUAUUCCUGCAGUAGGGGACGCUCCUCUAGUUAAAAGUCUACCAACUGAUUCCGGUAACCCUGGACCUCAAGAAAAUGGGUUCAGUAAACACAAUGCAACAGGAGAGCGAAACCCAGAGGCAGUAGGUUCACCUCCAAGCUUCCAGUGCCCACAUUGCACAAAGGCUUUUUCUUCUCGUUUGAGAAUGGUUUGUCAUAAGCGUAUUGUACACGUCAUGGAAAGGAAACACAAAUGUAGCGUGUGUGGAAAAAAGUUUAAGAAGCAGGUGCACGUGCGAAAUCACAUGCGCACACAUACAGGUGAACGGCCUUUUCAGUGCACUGACUGCGGCAAGACUUUUGGCUCCCUGGCAAAUCUAACCAGGCAUCACCUUAUCCACACAGGAGAGAAGCCAUACAGUUGUGAGCUGUGUGGUCGUAGCUUUACACAGAGCUCCAAUCUGCAACAACAUCGUGCCUUGCAUAACGGGGCCAGCCUGCUGCCCUGUGAGAUUUGUGGAAUGAAAUUUAACAAGGCCAAUAAACUAGCCUUGCACAUGUACGGCCACACAAGGGUUUUGCCCUACAAGUGCCUAGACUGCGAUAAAUCCUUUUUGCGGAAAAAGUUAAUGGAAUUGCACAAGCUUGAGCAUGAGGGUAAAGAACCAUUCCACUGCCAGGAUUGUGGUGUACAUUUUGCACAGGAAUCACAACUUUCAAAACACAAGUGCAGCAGGCAAAGGCGGCAUAUUUGCCCUAUCUGCGGGAAAAUUCUUAAUUGCAAAACCAGUUUGAAUCUCCAUCUGCUGACUCAUGGCGCACAGCGACCUUACAAGUGCCAGAUCUGCAGCAAACAUUUUGCCAGUCAGAGUGGUGUCACCCGGCACCAACAACAGCACUCUGGGGUGCGUCCUUAUAAAUGCAGUGUGUGCAGCAAAGCUUUUAUGGAAUCUUCCACGCUGCAGCUCCAUCAGCGCAUUCACACGGGCGAACGCCCAUUCCCCUGUUUGGACUGUGGAAAAGCUUUCCGGCAAGCCACCCACCUUCGGGAACACAGACGGAUACAUACGGGUGAAAGACCUUAUAGUUGUGAAGACUGUGGUAAGACAUUUGUUCAGGCUGUGCACUUGUCAGACCAUAAGCAUGUUCACAGCGGAGAGAGGCCGCACUCCUGCGCUGAAUGUGGCAAAAGGUUCAAGUCACUUUCCAAUUUGCGCUAUCACCGGAAAACACACAAGGGUCAGGGGAUCCAGCCGACUCAGCCACAGCAGACUAUAAUGUGUACAGAGAUGGGAGAGACUAUUGCAAUUAUAGAGAGUGUGGAACCCCUACCUCUUGCAGAGACAAUUGAAAUCUACCAAGCUGCUCUAGAGGGAAAUCUCCAGGUGAAGGAUAUUACUGUAUCCGAAACGAUACAGCAUAUUUAGCCACAAUUGUCAGCCACUGUAAAUAAAGUUUCUCUUUUUUUUUUCUUUUUGACUAAAACACGUAUUCCUUAUAUUCCCAAUGUUUUAUUUAAAAUUUUACGGGUAAGAAAGAUAUAGUCAAGUAGCUGCAUCAUGUUCUGCUACUAAAUAUGAAAUACAAUGUUACGCUGCGGACUCCCUCAAAUGGAGCGGUAUAAUCUGCUGUUUUGCAAAUCAGUCUAGUGGGUGUUUUUAUAUUUUCCCCACAUGUCAGGGAACUGGCACUCCAAAUUGCCCUUAACAGGACAAAGUAUAGUAUAAUCAAAGCUCCUAAAAUGUAACUGCGUAAUAUUAAUUCCUUGCAGCUAGGUGAUUUAAAUGUAUCUAGCUCUUAGAGUAGGCUAUGCAUGAUGCAGAAUCUAUCAUUGUGGAGGUGUAUAGCUGGCACGGUUAUCUCUGUGGCAAGCAGAUAUGCUAUGCUUGUUGGAACCUGAAUGUAAGAAAUACUUUUUAUUUAUUUUUAUUUUCUUAUUUCUUUUCUUUUUUUUAAAGUCACACUAACGCCUCCCUCUGCCCCUGCACUCAGCCGUGUGUCUGAUUCCAGUGCUGAUGUCCUCGGCACUGGCUGUGCUUCUCCGACAUCAGCUGAUGGAAAGACUAAAUGCGCAUGUGUGGAGAGUGCUGCACACACAUUAUUG